AUGGUCGCCCUCAUUACCAAAUACAACGUCUACACUCUCUCCCACUCCAUACCCAGCACAGCGACUUACAGACACCUGUGCCGCUCUGGCGGGCUGAGCGACAAGUCCCCUUCCGCGUGCGCGAUCGGUUUACCCCGAAGUGUCUUCUGCGUGCAGAUCCUCGCUGCUUCCUGCAUGCCAGGGACAGACGUUACGUCCACAGAAUUUCCCGAACCUGACUCGAUAGAGGAGCAGCCCGAUCCCCGAGUAGUGGGCAUGGGCCGUAUUAUAGGGGACGGCACCCUCUUCCUCCAGAUAGUGGACAUCGUCCUCCUCCCCGCGCACCAACAUCUAGGACUCGGAAAAUUCAUAAUGUGGGAGCUGAUGCUCUGGAUCGAAGCGCCGUGCCCGAGAGUGGCGGGCAGGCUGUAUGAGAGGUUCGGGUUUGGGUUUACGGAGGCGAGUGGGAGUAGGGGGAUGGCUUAUACGGUUCGGGGAAAGGGAAAGGAGUGA